AUGUCUCUAGAAAGGGUGCCGCCGACACAGGUAACUAUAGACACUGGAGCGCGUGAAAUAGACCAACAGAGACUCCACAAGUAUCUUGGUUGCGGCCACAGUGUUGAGAAAGACAAUUGCCUGUUUCCUCCACGUCACAUAGAAGCCAAUGUUCUCGUCAAUAGCAAGGACAGUUAUACGGUUCGCUACAGAGGGAAGUGUAAUAAUUGUCAGGAGAACGAGAUACUCAAGGAAACAGGAGAAGGGAUCAAGGAGCAGAUUCGUGAGAUAGUUAACGGCCAACUCAACAUGCAGUACAUGACAAGCCCUACUCGCGUUGAGGUGAGACGUCUUGACAAAGAUGAGCAGGUACCCGGAGCCGGCAAACUGGGUAAACGGGGCAUGCUUCUGGCUUCCUAUCAUUACAAGGAGAAGAGAGGGCAAGAUGAAUUUGACGAAAACCGCUACGCCCUUCUGUAUCUGCCUCGAAAAUUGGACGGAACGAAAUGGCACAACUGGGACGAGGACUUUAUGCACAUGACAUUCGCGUCUCAGGUCGCCACGCAGAAAAUUAGAACCGACAUCCACAGUCGAUUGAAAGAUUAUGAAUUCAAGUGGAAUGAAUACAAUCCCAAGAAUCUACCGAGUCCACUAGCGACUAAAGCCGACGACAAUAGUUCUCGAAACAGCAGCGAGGAUGACAUAUUUGAUGAGAUAACUGAAGCGGAAGCACGAGAGAUUAGUCUGCGAUUUGAGAACGCUUCACCGGUUACAGGCCCAUAA